CGCACCUUAAUUUUACAUUUUUUUAUUAGCAGUAGAUUCAGAAAAAAGUACGAAGUGCCUACAGUUUACACCCAGACAAGCAAAAGAAAGUAUUACACCAUUGUUCCGCCAAUGUAGAGAAAAUAUUAUGGCGAUGGAAGUGGUUUUCCGACUGCGCGAAUUAUGUACCACAGAAGACUCAAACACACCCAGAACUAUAAGCAGUGCACAGCGAGAGGAGUUCUUUCGUCAGCUUAAUACUCCAGCGUUCUGCUUGAAACACAACGGCGAAUCUCACAUACAGCUUUUAAAACUGUUGUUUGUAUUCCUAAGUUAUGAUGGUCGUUUAAGUAACGCAGUGUGCUGGAAUCACAAUGUUCGUAAUAAGGCGGUAGCGACGAUAGGUAUAAGCGAAGAGAGCAUGAAUGAUAUGUUCGAGAAUGAUAGUCUGGAUACGGGGAAAGACGGUAAUCCUACACUUACGCCAUAACAAUAUUUGUUACGUUUAUGUAUAUAUCAACAUACAUGCGUGACACAAUUUCAAUAU